UUACAUAAUUUAGUCUGACGUCAUCAGCCGGAUCUGCCGGUGGGAGUGAGGAGGGGCUGCCGUCUGCAAACCUGGGCAAAAAAUAUUACAGAAUCUCACGAACUCGCGACCGAUUUUCCACGGGGUAGCGUAGCCGUAGUCACUUCGGGAUGCCACAGGAAGAACCACCGAAAGCGGGCACACCUGGGGCCGAUCAAGCCCGGACUAGGUCCAUGUCCACAUCUGGAGAGUCUUUAUAUCAAGUUUUGGGCCUGAAGAAAGAUGCGACACCAGAUGAGAUUAAGAGAGCCUACAGAAAACUGGCACUGAAAUUCCACCCCGACAAGAACCCUGACAAUCCCGAGGCCACCGAAAAGUUCAAGGAAAUCAACAGAGCACACAGUAUCCUGAGUGAUGAGACGAAGAAGAACAUCUAUGACGAGUAUGGAUCAUUUGGUCUGUAUGUAGCAGAACAGUUUGGAGAAGAAAACGUCAAUACCUACUUCAUACUGACCAGUGGCUGGUGUAAGGCACUGUUUGUGUUCUGCGGCAUCAUCACCGGGUGCUACCUCUGCUGCUGCUUCUGCUGCUGUUGUAACUUCUGCUGUGGGAAGUGCAAACCACGGCCAGAGGAAGACGAGGAGUUUGUAAACCUCAACCCGGAGGAUUUACAAGUAGACGAGGAGGACUCGCCCGUCACGUCUCAACCCCAGGCCUCGGCCGCGAUGCCCAUGCCCGCACCGGCGCCCUCAGAAACAACAAAGUUAGACACGGCAGAUCACCCGUCAUAUACAGAGGAGAAGAACUUGUAGGGAUCCAUAGUUAAUAUCUAUGUCAUAGGUGUCUGGAACAGUCUCAUGUGACUUAGGCUUCUCUGUGGCACAUAAAGAGAACACUUCUAGCAUCAAGGUCAAGAAGUACAUAAAACCAGCCCAUGGACAUCACUCCACACUAUUCAACCUCUUAGCUAUAAUAUGUUUUACAGGAUGUUUCUGAAAUAGGAAAAGAAAUUCUACAGAUUUUUGGGUACACUAACUUUAUUUGAUUUGAGAUUGUAGCACCAGUUACCAGUCUAUGAUGGAAUGUUGCAACAUCAUCAAAAACAGAUGAUGCAUUCCUACAGUAGAAAAUAAAGGUGUUAUUGUCAGACAAAAAGUAGGAAGACACGUGACCUUAACUUUUUGAACACUGACGGAUCAUUUGCAAAAGUGUCAUACAUGGCUUAAACACCAAAAAGUGGUUUAGAUGAAGUGCAUGAUGGUCCAUGUUGCUGGUGAGUGAUGGGAUAUCCUUGAAAACUGCCACUGACAAAAUUGAUCAAUUUUAGGUCACACCAAUAUAAAUGUCUUGGUUCUUGGAUUUGCUACUUCAGCAUCUUCUGAUUUGAACAAAAAAGAUUGCACAUAUUGCAUCAUGCAAAAUAUCUCAAAAUAGCUGGAUAAAAUGUCUUUAAAGUUAUUUGUUACAGUCUUUCAUCAGUGACUGAGAAUGAGGCUCUGAAUUAUUAUGUACAUGAAUUACAGGAGAAACUCCAGUAGGUCCUAUUGGAUCUGAGGGCCACUGGUCUUCAGACUCAUUCUCAAUCACAGAUGAAAGAUAUUAGAUUCUAUCUGACACAUCUAACUCUCUAGAGAAUAUAUACAAUUGUAUACACUUUUUUUUAGAUUUGAAUGAUUUUACCUGGAUGCCUAACCUUGAUCAAUUAAUCAACUCUAGUAUGCUCAUAUUUUUGCAGCAUCAAUUGAAGCAAUUCCAUAUCUUUUAAUUGUUAUAGUUUCUCAAGUAACCAAUGCAAAAAAGUUCUACAUUUCUUGUGCUAGCCUCUGGGUCUAUCACAUGAUGCCUGUUAUUCUGUUCUCACAAAAAUCUGAGAAGCAAGAAAUGAAAUUGAUGUGUCCUUGUUAAGUAACAAUCACCCUUUUGUCACAUGAGACUGAUAAUGUUUAAAAUAAGAGCUAGCUUUACUUUUUUUAUGAAACUUGGUGUAUAAUUUUGGCAAGGAACAUUCCAGUCACUUCUGUGAGUUCAAGCUAUGUUCUUUGUCUUUCUAUAUUCAUGCAAAAAAUAUGUACCUUCCCACCUAAGUUACAAUAUGUAACAGUUAGAAUAAGUUAUGACUUGUUGUUUCGUGUUCUGUGUUCAAGGUUGGUUAAACUCAGGAGUUUGGUUGUAUAUUCUGUAGUGUUGAGCAUGAUGACACAUGUACUACCAUGUAGAUGUACAUGUACUAGUUGUAUGUUACAUGGCAAUCAAUCAGAUCUAUAGUCUACAAUAUUCUAAGAAGUCAUUCACAAAUUACUUCCAGGUUUGAUAUUGUGCGUCAGAUGACAGUGUUUUACUUGCACUAAAUCAAAUACCUGUACGUCUUAGGUGUAACAAACAUUGGUAUUGGUAAGCAAACUCCUCUGAUGACCCAGAAAUCUUACUUCAAUUACCCAUGACAAAGACACAACACCUCAGAUUGUUUCUUCCAAACACCCACCAGUGGUGUUUUGCCUAAGAAUUGAAUUAGCACAGAUUUGAUAUGUGAUGUUUAGAACACAGGCUGACAACUUUUUUCUGCCUCAGAAUUUUGAUGUUAUUUUAUCAUGCCAAUCAUUCACAUAAUACUAGUCACUGAUGCCUGUUUUAACAAAAUAUGUACUGAUCAUUCUACCAAUUUAAGGCUGUGUUGUGAUUUGUUAUCAAUUGUGAGAAAUUGCUGGUGCAUUUGAAAGUGUUUACUUAUCAAACCCUUAAGGUGGCACUGUAGCUACCAGGUGAUUUUCAUGUAGCUGUACUGUACAUAGCACCGUAUAUAGUAGUCCAAGUCUAUACUCUCAUAUAGGAUGCUGCAGUAGAAGGACCCACUAUAUCUAUGUAAAUACCGAUCAUAUAACUCAUCUCUAAUAAUAUCUAAGUGAAAACUAGUGGUCUAGGUUUAGGUAGUUGUACAACCAUGUGUAACAAGAUAUGUAAAGGAGGAAGUCUACACCAGGUUAAAAAGAUUAGUGUUUAGAGUAGAACUGUGUCAUGUUCUAACAAAUGGGAUUCAUAAGCUAAUGUUAUUUUGUAUCCCAUGAUAUCACGAUAUAUAGGUGUCAACAAAUGCUUAUUUAGGCAGCCAUCUUGUUUAGUAAAUGUCAAAGGUCAACAGUGGAACAUACAAUGAGUACAAGCAAGAAAAUAACUUCACUCACUCCAGUAUGGAUAGGGUUUUUGCCAAGCCAUGUUGACAUUAUAAUAGUUUGAAAGUGGGGAGAAGCAGUACAAUCCCUGUAUUGUGUUCAUGAGGUCCACUGCUGAUAUGUCUGUAUAAUGGACACAGUCAGUGAUAUGGAUAAGGAUACCUUGGGUUUUUGCAUUUUGGUUCGGUUCAGAGAUAGUGUCCACAUCAUGUUAACUGGCGUUGAUGUUACAACAUAUUUGUCCACCAUACUACGUACUGUAGUUAGUAAAAUGUUGUAACAAUCUGCAAAUUGUACUGCUGUAAAACAUCACUUCUUCUCUCAACAUGCAGAGAAGUGACUACCCAUGAACAAUUAUUCUGGACGUUAUAUAAUAAAUGUGCAUCCUGGAGUAUCCUCUGUAUCCCACAGGCUUUAUGGAUGGAUACUUUUGCAUAUAGCUGGUGUCAGCUCUUUGUGAAACUCGUGUCUGUAGGAUUGUGAUGUUGUAAAAACCUUCUUGAUUCAUGUGCAAACCUUAAAUCUGUUCUGCGUGUUUGGUGUUUUCCAGUUUUUGUUUCUGAUACCAGGUACAUUUGGAACAAAUCGUGUAUAAUUCAACAUUAUCUCAUGGAGCUAUUAUGAAGAUGUUUCUGUUGUUAAGGAAACUAGCUGGUCUUGCUGCUUAAUUUAUUGUGGUUGAAGAAUUACACACAAUGUAUUUAAUAUGUUAUUGUUUUGAAUAAGAUGACCUCUGCUUGAAUGUAGUUUAACUUGAGCAGUAUUGUGUUUUGUACAUACUGUGUUUCUAUUGUUUUGACAUCACAACUUAUACAUCUAUCAAUGUAUAGAUUUAUGUUUUGAGUCAGUGUUCGGCCAUGGUUUUGUACUCUUCCAAAAUGUUUGAAGACUGAGUAAGGGCAUGUUUAUUGUCAUUGUUUUCCAUGAUGACUACACAUGUACCUGGUCAGAACAUCCAUGGAAAUCACAAGAGAAUCAUGUCUAAUUUUCAUGUCAUGACCACAUUAAAACCACUAGAUUAAGCCACACUCUUCCAAGCAGUUAAGGUGUUAGAUCUCCUUCUACAUCAAAAGUGCCAUUCAAUGUCCAACAGAAUGGAAGAUCCAUCAUGAUAAAAAAAAUCAGUAAAUGUGCAUAGUGCUCAGCAUUUAUGAUUGCUGACACUGCUUUGGAAUGAGAAGGCAUACCAGCAGACAUUUCUACAGGUUAAGACUUGAUGUGAUUCAUGGACCAUGAGUAAACAAACACCCAGUUUAGUUCAUGGUCACAGCAGCUGCUAGCCCACCUGUGGUGUGUGAAAGGACCUUUAGCAAACCUGGGAUACUGUUAUCUCCAGAUUAGUCCCACUUAUUGCAGUAUGCCUGUCAUCAUUGCCCCAUAGAUUACAAUGUAUGUAAUUACUCCAGAAGAAAGUGAUUUUAACUGAAGAAUACAAUGUAUAGAUGAAAUCAUAGGCAGCUUGAUAUGUGUAUGACAAAUGUUUGAUGUUUACUUGGUGUAGGAGCUCAUACGUUGUUCUUGAGUAUGCCAUAUUUUAGAAGUACAGUCAUCUCUUUGCUUCUGAGGUGUAUCAUGACCUUGGUCAGGGGUAUAUGUUACCUUGGUCAGGGGUAUAUGUGACCUUGGUCAGGGGUAUAUGUGACCUUGGUCAGGGGUAUAUGUGACCUUGGUUAGGGGUAUAUGUGACCUUGGUCAGGGGUAUAUGUGACCUUGGUUAGGGGUAUAUGUGACCUUGGUCAGGGGUAUAUGUGACCUUGGUUAGGGGUAUAUGUGACCUUGGUCAGGGUAUAUGUGGAGAUGAUUGUUCUGUCUGUAGGAUGUAAGUCAUACUGUAAUAUACACAUGUAGGCUAAAUUAUUGUAUGGGUUCAUCUGUACUUGCUCUAAAUCUUGAAUGUCUACAUUGUCCAAGAAAAUAAAAUGACAAGUCUUUUA